AUGGUUGAUGUAUUGCAUAGAAUGUUGGGGGAAGCUGUAAGGAAUGGGCGCAUUGCUUCGUUGCUUGUCGGGAGGGAUCAUAUUGAAUUGUCUCAUCUCCAGUUCGUAUAUGAUACUAUCUUGUUUUGCCAUCCGGAGACAGAAACAAUUGCGAAUUAUAAGAGGCUGCUGCGUUGCUUUGAGUUGAUGUCUGGGCUGAGCAUCAAUUUUGAUAUGUCGAAUUUGAUCCCAGUUAAUUGUGAGCAGGAGUGGGUGGAGCAUGUGUGUGGCCUUCUAGGGUGUAAGCAAGCGGCGCUACCUAUUAGAUACCUCGGUAUCUCUUUUGGAGCGAAUCCACGGUUGGUGAAGACUUGGAAGCCGAUCAUUGACAAGGUAGAAGAGAAGCUCAGCUUGUGGAAAGUAAAGGUUUUAAAUAAAGCAGAUAAGCUAGUGCUCAUCAAAUUGGUCUUGAAUAGCUUACCGAUUUAUUACCUUAGUUUAUACAAGAUGCCGAAGGCGGUUGCUAACAAGCUGAUUGCACUUCAGAGAAGUUUUUGUGGUGUAAGGAGGAUGGUAACUAUGGUGUUGCAAUCGGAGACUCUCUCAAAAGAGAUUACGAGCUACGGUUUCAGUAGCUCAAUUUGGGGAGGAUUGGUACCUUCGAGAAUUGAGCUUUUUGGCUGGUAUGGUGCGCUUGACUUAGACAUUUUGAUAGACCGUGGGCGGUCGCAGGAACCAUGA